CGACCGAACAUCGACUUCUCAUGCUCAUCAUCAGCCGCUAUCGUACUCAAGCAAGAACGAUAUGCAGUGCUUUGUGUUGAAGUGGUCGUGGUGACAUGACGUCUGUGUUUUAAAUGUUGUAGAAAGUUUUAAUCAUUCAAAAUUUUGUUUAUUUACAAUGAGUGUGAAUUAUGAUAGUGUUUGUAGACUGUGCUUGUCAUCUCAGUGCGAAUUACUGCCGAUAUUUUCUACCACCAGUUCGGAUGACUCGGAACCUCCUGUCCUCGCAUCUAAAAUCAAAGAUUGCGUGUCCGUACAGAUAAGCGAAAAUGACGAACUGCCAACCAAUGUCUGCAGGAAAUGCAUUGACAAUGUUAACAACUGGUUUAUAUUUAAGUCAGUAUGUGAAAGGGCACAAAAUAAGUUACAGACAUUAAUUAACAAAGACAGCAGCCAACUGGAUGAGGUCAAAAUAAAAAGUGAACCUUUAUCAGAUGAAGCUUAUGAUGAUGGAGUGGUUAUUGAUGGAUCAUAUCCAGAUAGUGAGAAUGCAGGCUCAUCAGCUAGACUGCAGCCUGAAGGGCCACCUAUUUUGGCUUCACUUGGACUUACACCGAGAAGUGAUAAGGGUAUGGAGAGCGAAAAAGACGAAGAUUACGAAGGUGAAGAUGAAAUGACAGAGCAACAAACAUUUACAAAUAUGCCUAACAUGCCAGAAGUUUCUAUUACCGUUAUGCGCCCUACAGGCGAAACCCUUCAUGCUCGCCAAGGUAUUCAACAGCUUGCUUCUAAGGAUUGCUUAGUGUGUGGUCGAUCCUAUAGAUACUCACAUAAUGCUCGGCGUCAUGAACUUACAGCACACAAUUUCGAUAGAUAUACAAAUAAAACUGCAAAUAAGAAGUCACAUUCACAUAUGCAACCGAAAUUUAGACCAAAUCCUUUCAAUCCUAAAGCAAGAUUAAUGCCAAAUCCUAUAAGCCACAAAAUGCAACUUCAUUCUAAAUCAAUGCCCAAUAGAAUGAUGCCUCAAAAGAUUGUCACUCCACCAAAGCCAAUACCAAUUAAAACUAAUAAGGCUCAACAGAACAACUUACCAUAUCCGCUUCGUAUAAAGGCUCUUAAAGACUUACAAAUUAAGAAAAAAGAACCGCAGAUAUUGAAAACAUUACUUACUGCCAAACCAGAAGUCCUGGUAUCUGAACCUGAAAUAAUCAAUUCGGGGCCCGAGAGUCCAGAAACAUUAAUUUCGGAGCCAGAGAUAGCCUCUUUUCAAGUUGAAACGAUCUUGUCAGAACCAGAUGGCUAUGUAAACCAACAUGAUGACGAAAUUGAUGAAGAUAAUAACCAAGGACAGAAUUAUGAUACUGUUGAUAUGGAUUCAGAGAAUGAAAUUGAAAUAGCUCGACAACAAGCAAAUGACGAUGUCCAAGGUGAUGAACACCUUGAUGAAAACGAUACGAGAGAUAAUGGACGCGAUGAAAAUAAUAUUGAGGACGUUAAUGAGGAUAACGAGAAAGAGCAUCGCGAUGAUAAUGGUGAGAGUCAAGAUAAUAUGGACACGGAGAACAAUAUUGACGAAGAAGCAGACAAUGUCGAUAAUACUAAGGAAAAUGACGAAAAUGGGGAAAAUGAGGAACUUAACCAGGAAGACAAUGAAGAAGACGAUGAUUUACCUCCCAUGACCAUUGCACCUGUUGUUGAAAUAAACGAGGAUAUGCAAACAAAUUCUUAUAAUAGUGAUGGAAAUGAGGAAGAACUUGAUGAAACUGUUGAUCCUAAUGAUACAGUUGACGGCGAUGAAGCUGAAAAAGAUGUUGAUCCGGAUAAAAUUUACAUAACUAAAACCCAGAGAGAUUUUAUUCUCAAGUACCGCGAUAUUAUUGAACAAAUAAAUACUAAACGUUGUCUCUGUUGCCACAAAGAACACCCACGUCGAAAAGCUGUCAUUCAACAUCUACAGAAAAAUGGACAUAAAGUUCCUAAGCAUACAUGUUAUAAUUGUGUGGUAACCUUUACACACAUAGGAGCAUUGCUUAGUCAUAUGAGAUCCAAUACUUGUACUGAUCUUUGGAAAAUAAUUUAUAAAGAAAAUGGUAUCACUGAUGAUAUCGUAUUGGAAGACGAACCCAAAGACGUAAAAGUCCAAUACAAAGAUAUUCUUAAUGCUAGAUCGUACGUGUGCAAGUUGUGUCCAGCCAAAUUUCAAUUGAAGCAAUUUAUAAUGAAACACGUUCUUGAUGUACAUGAAGACGGUCAAUCUCGUUUUCCACAUUCUUGUGUGCACUGUGGCUUGCGAUUCAAGGAUAAGAGCAUAGGUAAAAGACACAUUCGUAAUGGCGAUUGUACAGUCGAAAUUUGCUGUGAAUUAUGUUCAGAAAGGUUUUUAAGUUUGCAAGAUUUUAACGAACACGCCGUAGCCAUUCAUGCUGGCAGUUUUGAUCCUGACAAUCAGAGUAAAUGUGUCGAUGGCCGACCUACAGAUUGCCCUAUAUGCGGAAAGAAGAACAGUAGCUAUCCGAAUCUAGUGAAACAUUUAAAAAUUAUACACAAUGAGGAAAAACCACAUCACUGUCAGCACUGUGAUGCUAAAUUUGAACAAACGGCCGAUCUUAAUAAACAUAUAUAUGUCGAACAUUCUGAUAGGUCAUUAGGCAUGCAAACCAUUGAACCGGAUAUAUCUCUUGUAAAAGAGGAAGCAGAAGAGUAUCAUUAUUCAUGCACUGAAUGUAAUGCUAUAUUUGAGACGGUCGAUGCUUGGACUGAUCAUCAGGUAGCUGAACACAACCAAGUUGCCCAUCACUGCGAUCAAUGUGAAAAGAAGUUUUUGCGUCCAUCAGAACUGGCUGAACAUAAAAAUACCCACUUAAGAGUUAAAUUUUACCCUUGUAACAUUUGUCCCAACUCAUAUAGUACACCGCAAAAAUUGUCGGAACAUGUACAACAAGCUCACCCUGGAGCCCCUAUGCGCACGCCUGGUGAAUCUGAAUUUUAUUGUGACAUAUGUAUACGAUCUUUCAAAAGCCGCCAGGCUUAUUCUAACCACAUGCGUAUUCACUCUAAAGUGCCUACAACUAAUAGAAAACCUGGCGAAACAAGAGGUUUCGGACCUCAAAUUAUUGGAAAACCAAUUCGUCAUUUCUCUAUGCAGCCUGGCUUUAGUCCGUACGUACCAAAUGCACCUUACUCUUGUGAUAUUUGUGGCAAAGGAUUUAUGCACAAGAAAAACAUAUGGAAACAUAAAAAGGUUCUCCACGCAGAUCUUCUUAAUGACAGGAACGAUAGUGAAGAAAACACUAUGCAAGCUUCCACAGAAGAAGAUGAAUACAAUGUAGAUGAAAACGGCGCAAUUUUAUCGACUCCCCAAUUUAAUAGUUUUAAUUUUACAAAUCUUACUAAUAAUAUGCAACAGACAUCACAAGACGCCUUGCCGUAUUCUUGUGAAAUAUGUUACAAAAGAUUCCCGCUAAGGACUAGUCUAUGGAAGCACAAACGCGCUAAACAUGGUAUUAUUAAUACAGCCUCUGAAACACAAACACAGUCUUCGGGUGAAGGUAGAUCGAGCUGUACUAUUUGUAAAAUAACUUUUUCAGACAAAAAGUCGUAUUAUAGGCACAGAAAAACGAUCCAUAAAUCUACAGUUCAAAUGUGUAAAAUAUGCGGAAAACCUCUUAAUUCAACUUUAGAGCUUUAUGAACAUCUUAAAGCGGCUCAUGCACGAGAGUUGUUGGGAUACAAUGCUAAUCAAGGAUCUAGUAAAUCUCAAGACAUGGGUCAAGAGAUGGAUGUAGAGUAUGAUGGAGACCAAGAUUCAGCUGAUCCCACCCAAGACUACCAAGCCCGUUAUCCAUGCGACACCUGUGGCAAGCAAUUUGUCGGAUUAUUGGCUCUUCAAAAUCACCAAUGUAUCAACCAGCUACAAAGCCAACCUCAGACAUUUGAUUGUGAAAUUUGUCAUAAGAGUUAUACUUCUAUUGCUGCAUUGAAGAGCCAUCGGGGUUGGCACUUGCGUUCUCCCGACGGUAAAGCCGCAGCCAAUAACACUGGCCUUUGGAUGCCUCAGAACAAAGUAACCAGUAAAGUGAGCAAACAUGAAGUAGUAGAGACAGUCCCUAGGGCACAGACAUCGACACCGGCGUCUAUAGCUAAACGGAGACUACCUCCGGAGGUAGAAGUGACAGUCGUAAAUCCUAAUAAAAAACUUCGGUCGGACGACUCAGUCGAAAUGGACCACCAGAACAAUUUAUCAGGUGGAGCCGAGGACAGGUAUUGCAACAUUUGUGACAAAGAGUUCACAAAGCGAGCGGCUUACCAACGUCACAUGGACGAAGUUCACCAACCGAAUUCCGUCUUUUGUCCCGUCUGCGACAAGAGCUUUACGAGGAAAUCAACUCUGAUCGUGCACAUGAAGAAGCACUACGAAGGUGGGGAAGGGAGUUCCGCGCAAAUGGAUGACGACUUGCAUACUUGUGACGUAUGUGGGGCCCAAUUCGAAAGCUCGAAGGCUCUGAAUUCCCAUCGGACUAUGCAUCAUGGAGAUGAAUCAGCGGAGUCCGAGGACGAUGGGGGAGCCCCCGCGGCGCCGCCUGGAGAGUUUACAUGCGGUCAGUGUGGUGACGGUGUGGCCACCCCGAGGGACCUCAUAGCCCACCGAUCAAUGCACGCCACCCCCACAAAAUUCUUCUGUAACAUUUGCAAGGUUUACUUCGCUCGAGCUCUCGACUUAUCGUCUCACACGCGAGCCAGGCACUCUGAUAACGAGAAAGUAUUCUUCCCCUGUGCUAUGUGCGACCGAUUCUAUAUGAAUAAGAAGAGUCUGCAACGGCACAUCGAGAUGGCGCACUGA